AUGCCCGUGGUAGAAUCCGAUGAGAAGGUCGACGACACAGCCAAGGAUCUGAGCAGUCUCGGUCUCAGCGACAAGGAGACAGCCAGAGGAGAAGAAAAAGAGGAGAAAGGGACUGUUGCAGCCCCAUCAGCACCCACAGUGGAUACCGUCCAGCCCACGACAGGACCCUCCUGGCCCGCAACAGCACCCGAUCAUCCGCUCUCCAAAUUCUACGAUAUCUUCGAGGACGUUAUCAAGAGCGCCGAGCACAACGAGGUCUACGGCAUCCUCCUGACCAAAGAAAAUCCCUUCCAGACGAAACUUAUACUGCAAAAGUUCCUGCGCGCCAAUCAGAAUGACUUGGAUAAGGCCAAACAGCAAUUACUGGAGACGCUCAAGUGGAGGAAGGAGUUUGAUCCUGUGAAGGCGACGGGCGAGAAGUUUGACAAGACGAGGUUUGGGGGCCUAGGAUACGUUUUGGAGGUCCAAGGUGUCCCGGAGAGUAAGAAUGAAAAGGAUGUUGUCACGUUCAACAUCUAUGGUGCUGUCAAAGACAAGAAAGCUACAUUUGGGGAUCUCGAAGGUUUCCUGCGCUGGCGCGUCGGGCUCAUGGAAAAGUCGGUCCAGAAGCUCAACCUCGCAUCUGCCACAACCCCCGUCCCAAACUACGGCGAGGGACCCGACCCGUACCAGGGCUUCCAGAUCCAUGAUUAUCUCCAAGUAUCCUUCCUCCGGCAAGAUCCCGCCGUCAAGGCCGCAACCUCCAAGACUAUUGAAGUUCUUGGCAGAUACUACCCCGAGACGCUGUCGCGCAAGUUCUUCGUCAACGUGCCGGUCAUCAUGGGCUGGAUGUACACGGCUGCGAAGCUGAUUGUGGCAAAGGAGACGGCGAAGAAGUUCGCUGUGUUAAGCUAUGGAAAUCAACUGGCGGGAGAGCUUGGGGUGGACAUUCCAGCAGUCUAUGGCGGUACCAAGGAGGACUUGGAAAGUGUGGCCGAGGGCAUGAGCCUUGAGUGAGAGGUCAUGGAAUGUGUGUGAGCUUCUAAUAUGGAAUGCACUUGUUGGAUUCAUUAUUCUUAAUGUGUAAUAAUUCGAUGCGAUAUCUGCACGAUUCAUAGCUUCGUCAUACCCGUUGGCUACAUUGCCCAGAAGAAUUG